AUGAAGAUGUGGAAGAUUGUUUAUGUCAUGAUGUUAAUAACUGUCGCAAACACUGGUAGAAGCAAUAAGGGAAUUAUUGUUCAAAAUCUCUGGAAUUACAUUUUUAAACAAAUUGGUGCGAGUUUAACUAAUUGUGGGUACAUAACAAAUCAGAACCGCGAGGUACUACCAAUUAUAACAAAUUGUACAAAGCAGGUUACAGCCCACACGUUAAAUCAGCUCUUGAAGACGGACGAUAUUCGUAUUGUCGAUGGUGUUCGUUUUGUAAGGUACAAGGAAAGCAAUUCAACUUUAGGUUUCAACAACACAGGCUUGGACCAAGAAGACGAAAUAAUGCAAAUGUUGACCAAGUUCGGAGAUGAGUACUUACUAAGGGUUUACUUAAAAUCGUUCGUCAACAAUGAAGAAGGGAGACAUCGGCGCAGGAGAAAUCACAUGAUGUCUUUAAUGAUGUUUGGUAUAAUAGGAAUGGGCAUGAUCCUAGUUCCUAUGGGUUUUAAAUUUUUGGCAGUUCUUGGUGGGAAAGCUUUGUUAUUAGCUAAAAUGGCAUUGAUUCUAAGUUCGAUACAGGGAUUGAAAAAAGUUGCCAAAAGCAAUCUGAAUUAUGGUUUAUAUCAUUCAUCGCCUGCGCACCCUUGGCACUACGAACGUCAUGGGUACGGUACUCUUCCUGACGAUGAAGUGCACUUGUCCAAUGUUGACCUUAUUAAAGCCGCAUUUGCUAGAAACAAUAUUACAACAGCUUCUACUGACUCUAUUAAGCAAUUGGAACAGUUUUACAAUACAAUUCCCAGAACAAUACCCAUCAAUCUGUUUCAAUUUAAGGAAGUGGAUGAAAUUGCAAUACAACAACUGCUACUAAAAAUUACAACUAAAGCAGUGAUCUGA